CUUCAGAUAAUAAUCCACGUCACAUACUUUUUUGCACGUUUUUUAAUCUUUCAGCAACAGCGUCUCUCGUCCAGAUGCUGGCAGUGAUAUUACAUCUUCAGUGGGAGGAGAAAUGAAAGAGGGCAUGUAGGAGUGAGAGAGGAAGAGAAAUGAACAGGAUAUAGGUGUACAUUGCAUGCGAGAGUGUGUAGAUUUUCACAUGUGCAGUUUGGUCUUGGUGGUUGGAGCUUGCAGUGACUUAACCCAGAGGCAUGAAGCUAGAUUCGCUCGUGCUACACUGAAACGGAGACAGAGAAGAAAAAGGAAGAACAAAACUUUCCGCCCCAGAUUCACGCAAGAUUACUUCAUCAGAACACCAAGCACACAGAGAACAAGAAAAAAACAAAACAAUGAAUGUCUUCUGCCAGAUGCUUUCCUUUAAUAUAUAGUCAGGUGUUGGAAGUUUCCUACAGUUUCUAUCACAUUCCAAAAGUGGAUCUCCAAAGACAUCAUCAGCUCACCUGAGCAAUUUUGUUUUGCACAAAGACUGAGAUUGCUGACUUUUCAGGCAGUAGUGUGAGCAUCAUGAGGCUCAUUUUUAGCAAUUUAUGGUUGUAUCUUGCUCUUGUAGCCUGUUUCAAGUUCAUUGAUGCACAAGUGUCAACACAGACAGAUAUCACCACCACAGUAGCGAAUAACAACACUGUGGAGGAACUGUUCACAUCUGAAAGCACCACUGAUCAUGUCAGCACUGCUGAACCACUGCUGGACACAAAUACUGUCACCGAACUACAGACAAAACCAGAUCUGUAUCAUGCAAAACCCACACUUGUUAUUCAUUUGAGCACAGCUGUGAACAUGCCACUCAAUACUGAGACUGAACAAAUAACAACACAAUUUGCUUCUAAUCAAACAGAGCAGACCACAGUGAUCACCACUAAUGUGCCUCCUAAUAUGGAAACAGAAAUUUCAGAAGCCCCAAGCACACGUCAAUAUGAAACGACUGUUGGCUUUACUUCUUCUGAGUUGACCAGUCCUAAAAAACAUCCUACAAAUGAAAUCACCACAGCAGCUGAUAGUAUGUCUACUGAUUCAACAGAAGCCCUCAAUCCCACAUCCAUACCAUUUCAACAAACUGCAGACUGGACUGCGUUUCCGUCCAACCCCAUGGAGACCAGCACAAUAACCUCCACUGCAACUCUAACAUCAUCUUCACAGUUGUCCCAAACUACUCCUGAAGGGCACUCACUCUCGACGUUUGAUGACGAAUCGGUCUCCACCGAAUCUACCUCUGUCACCGCCAGUGGAAAUGUCGAACAAAGUAUUCUUCCCAUUCAAACAAACUGGCUAUUGAUAAUCAUAGUGUGUGUGACAGUCAUUUGUGUGCUAUGUGUAGGCAUGAUUCUGUUUGUCCAACGGCGAAAGAAAAACACCUCACGGACAUUUGGCCCAUUGCACGUAAAUGGACAAAGUAAACGUUCCAAGAAGAAAAAAGGAGCGGAGGAUGAUGCAUGGGCGGGGCCUGUGAAUCUGGAGGCGGGGGUUGAAUGUGACGCUGAAGUAAAGGAGGGUCUUCUGCCUGAUGAUGGGAAAAAGGAUGGAGACGAUAUGGUGCUCAGCACAUUCGCCGCCCUGGACGAAGUUGACAUGUCUAAUUGUGGAGUGGGUGGGGAAGGAACUAAAGAGGCGAAGAAAUGGGAGAAGCAGGAACCUCUGCUUUACAUAGAUGAGGAUGACAAGGCAGGAGAAACACUGGCAGAGAACAAGACACAAAAAGGAGAUGACAAAAGUGAAGAGAAGAAGUUGAACGGAGGAGAAACAUUCUGUCUCACCACAGCUGUCUAAUAGACUUCUUCAACGGAUCAACGUUAAAGCUACACUGUGUAACUCUUUUAGUUUAUUCUUAGCUAAAAACACUUA